CAACUUUUCAUGAAGAUUAAAGCAGUGUCUGCGUACUCUGAAGAGUUUAACAGGGUUAUGCGUCACCAGCCACUUUAUCAAUGUUAGUAAGAAAUACUUAAGAUAUUGGUUCGCUUUCUCCAGGCGGCACAGUAACAGUAUAAAUGGUGACAGCAGAAGCACAGACGAAAAAACCUGAUCGUAAGAUCAAAACGUUUGUUACUAAAUCAAGGACCCUGCUAGACAUGGACGCUAGAAACUUUACGAAUUCAAGCAUGAACAGCACAACUUCUGACUACAACAGUGUUUUUACAAAGUCAGUGCUGCCCCCGCUUUACUGCUGUAUUUUCCUGGCUGGGCUCACUUUGAACUGCCUGGCAGCCUGGAUGUUCUUCAGAAUUCCAAGCCAGACCAGUUUGAUAGUUUAUUUCAAAAACAUUGUGGUGGCUGACCUGUUCAUGACAGCGUCUUUCCCCUUCAAGAUUGUCAACGACUUCGGUCUGGGGGUCUGGUAUCUGCGGGUUGUGGUGUGCCGUUACACAGCCGUCAUGUUCUAUUUAAACAUGUACACGGGGAUCAUCUUCCUUGGGCUGAUCAGUUUGGAGCGCUAUGUCAAGAUUGUGAAACCCCCCGGAGCCUCGAUCAUUCAGAAUGUCACGUUCUCCAAAGCACUGUCGACAGCAACAUGGGUUCUUAUGAUGAUCCUUCUGGUACCAAACAUCAUUUUAACCAGCAAAGAGGCCACCGAAGACACUUCAAAAAAUUGCAUUCAACUCAAGACUGACCUGGGCGUGCAGUGGCACAAGGUUUCCAACUACACCUGCAUAGCUGCCUUCUGGGUUGUUUUUGUGCUGAUGUUUUUUUGUUACGCUUCAAUUUCGAAGACAAUCUACGAUUCUUACAAAAAGUUCCGAAGGAACAACACAGAAAGCAGAAGGAAAUCCAAGCGGAACAUCUUCAGUCUUCUGGUGGUGUUUUUCAUCUGUUUUGUGCCAUACCAUGCUUGCAGGAUUUUCUACACCUUAAGUCAAACUAUCAACUCAUUCAGUGAGCAGACCAAGUACGUACUGUUCCAUAUAAAGGAAGGCACUCUGCUCUUAUCAGCACUGAACGUGUGCCUCGAUCCUGUCAUUUACUUUCUCAUGUGCAAGUCAUUUCGGGAUUUGCUUUUAGAAAGAUUUUCGAAGAAAGCAGCCGAUUCUAGAAGAAAGUCCCUGACUGCUCCUUACAGUGAAAGCAUACUGUGA